AUGUGCUCUUUCGCCUCCUUCUUUAAGCAGAACGAAUUCCACCUCCACCUCAGCGACAAUCUCUUCAUCAACCACGACCUUUACACAGAGAAACAGAUGUGGGAGUUGUACUCAAGCUUUCGACUGAAUUCGCCAAAUCCUGCCCUUGCUGGCUUGGCGUCUCUUCCCGAGUCGUACACCAGGGCCCAAUUCGAAGAGAUACAGCGCAAAUGCGCCAGCAGAGGCGUCACCAUUGUCCCAGAGCUUGAGGCUCCUGCGCACGCAUUGGCAAUUUCCAAGUGGAAGCCCCAAACGGCAAUCAAAGGGGACCCUUCCAUGCUCAACAUCUCGCAUCCUGACACUGUCCCAGCUCUCAAGGCUAUUUGGAAGACUUUUCUGCCAUGGUUUCAUUCAAAGACGGUACACAUCGGAGCCGAUGAAUACAACAAAAGCCUGGUAUCAGAGUAUAGCCAUCUAGUCAACGAGCUGUCCGAUCUCGUUUCGAAAUCAGGUAAGAAGACGCGAAUUUGGGGAACCUUUCCACCCAAUAAAGGAGGAGAGUACUCCAAAGACAUCAUCAUACAGCAUUGGGCACCCUAUGAAGACAAUGCCUAUUUCAACUUCAUCAAAGAAGGGUACAGUGUCGUCAACUCGGACUUUUCUCUCUACGUCAACACGAAAUGGCAUGGUUACUUUGGUCAAUCCCUCAACAAGACCAUCAUUUUCAGCGGAAAUCCUGCCGGCGGAGCCUUUAGUCCCAACGUCUUUGACGUCACCAACGCAACCAACAACCCUUCUCGCGACAAUCCCAAAGUCAUGGGACACAUUGCAGCACAGUGGAGCGAUUAUGGCCCUUCGGCAUCAACGUACCUUGAGGCGUACUAUACGUGGCGGGAUGGGCUCCCGGCCUUGGCUGACAAGACCUGGGGCGGCGGUCUAUCCGAGGAAGCAUACAACUCAAUAGUUGAGAAGCUCAUCGCAGUCGCCCCAGGUCAAAACCUUGACAGGCGGAUCAAGUCCAAGACCCAGCUUAUUUUAGACUACCGCCUCCAGAGUACGCUUGACUACAGUGCAAAGGGUACUGAAAGGCCCAGAAUGAUACGAGAUUCUUCUGGCAACGGGUAUGACGCUGUCAAUCAUGGCUGCAACGUUCGCCACUCUGUUCUUUCAUGCUCACCGGGGAGCUACCUGGAGACGCCACUCAGCAGCAAGGGUCGAAACUACUCUCUAUCUUUCUGGGUCUAUCCACAGUCUCAAAAGCCAGGAGCUCUCUUUUCAGGGUCUGACUCGGCGCUCUGGGCUGGUUACGGCACUACCACCAAUGUCACUCUUCUUAGUGGCAAUCAAGCCUACUCUCUCAACUACACGUUGCCCGUCGAUACUUGGACUCAUGUUGUGCUUUCCGGCCUUGGGGAGUCAACCUUUCUGACAGUUUCCGGAGAAGAUGGCGAAAUGACGAUGGAGUUCUUGACGAAGCUCCAACCGAACGGCGUGCCAGGUAGCAACGGCGUCAUGACAAUCUGGAGGCCAAUCGCUAUUGAAGCGCCUCUGAAAAGGAUUGGGGGGGGCUUUACGGGCAAGAUGAAGGAUAUUUCGCUUAGGGGAAGUGCCUGA